AUGUUGCAAACAAUGCUUGCAGGUGUGGAACAUGUAAAGGAAGCAAAGGUGCAUAUCUUGAAGAGUGAGUUCGAGGUUAUCUGCAUGAAAGACGGUAAGUCAAUAGACAAUUUUUCCAUGAAGUUGAUGACAAUCAUCAGUGGCAUUUGUUCUUUAGACAACACCCUAGAGGAGAUCUCCGUUGUCAAGAAGUUCCUUCGAGUUGUUCUCCCAAGAUUGAUGCAUACCUCUAUUGAGAAAUUCAACAACCUUAAUAACAUGUCAGUUGAGAAGGUCAUUGGUCGUCUUAAAGCCCAUGAGGAGAGACUUUGUGGCUACAAAGACAAAGAGGAGGAGAAACACCUCUUACUCACACAUGAGGAGUGGCUCACAUGGAUGAAGAAGAAAGAUACAACUGACUCUUCAUCUUCAGGUACGAAUGGACAUGACGGUCACAACAAGGAAAGUAAAGGUCAUAGGCGUGGCCGUGGUCCUGGUGGCAUAGGAGGUCGUGGCAAUACCUCAAAAAUCCAUGACAAUGUCAACCCUUGGCAGGACAAGAGUAUGAUCAAGUGUUACUCUUGUGAAAAAUACGGGCACUAUGCAAUAGAGUGCCGCAAGAAGAAGCAUGAUGAGGAGGCAAACCUCACACUCACGCAUGAUCAAGAGCCCACACUGAUAUUGGCCAAGAAGAUGUCUAACCUGUUGAUGCUCUAA